UGAUGCUGAGGAGAGAGAAGCAGGGCAGAAAAUACAACAAGUGACUGAACUGUUGCUCUACGCUGCAAUUACACUGACUGUGCACCGGCAUUUACGCACAGCCAAAGUCUGGAAAAAGUGCCUCAUCAGAGCCCGUAAAGCCUUUUUGUGCUGUUUUUAUAGGACUAUAUAGAAUUCGACCGCUUUAUUGUUUUAUUUUUAUUUGAAACAAACCCAAUUUUCCCCAGUCUGAUUCGGAUCGUUUAGGAGUUUGGACUCGGGGCGAUUCUCUCAUGGAUGAGAUUUUUGGUUGAAGUUUAAGUGUUUAGGAUCCUGGUUGAGCCGAGCGGAGUUUGGAUCGCAGAAGCGCAGCAACUUCGCACCUCUGCGCCGGCGAAGGCGCUCAGUUUUUCCCGGAGGUUUGGAGCAGAAGCGGCGUUUCUCAUCGGAAACCUGCAGGAUGAACACACGCCGAACCCCGGGUUGAGAACAGAGACAGGAAAGGGUUGGAAAAGAGAGCUUUGACAGACAAGCGAAGCGCCUUUCCCUGAAUGCGGAGGCUGAGAUGAACUCCAGUGGGAAUUCUGAAGACCCCACCUGACAGCUCCUCCCUGCCUGAGAAACUGAAGGAUUUUUCAUUGGAUCUGGCACAACCACAGAGCUGGAAAAAAAAAAAAAAAAUCAAAUCCUUAAAUGUAACAUCUCUUCAGCUGCAAACCUUUCACAGAAUUGUUUAAAAUAUGUCCCCCUUAUAUAAUGUAUUGUUUUAGAUUGGAUAAAAGUCCCCAGACAAUGUGAACCGGAGAACAGAGGGAAACAAAAGGGAUCCACAAAUGGGGAAUCAGUCAUUCCCUUCCCUCUGAAUACUGACAUUCCUGUACUUGUCUCACUGUUAGAAUACCUGAAAAGACUACAUUUAGUUUUUUUUCCCAUCAGACAAACCUCAACAUUGUCUGUGACACUUUCCUCUUUGAGUAGCUUUCUGCCCUGAGGUCAGUCUGGCCGGCACAACCAUUCCAGCCAAAGGGGAGGAGGACUUCCUCACGCUGGCCGCUUCACGGCUCAGCCGUAAGAAACGUGUCAUCGGGGCUGGAGUCGGCGUGGCCAUGGUCCUGGUCCUGCUCGUGGCCAUUCCCCUAUUGGUUCACACCACAAAGGGGGCAGGGUCCGGAGGUGGUGGCACACAUUAUGAGAUGCUGGGGAGCUGCAAGAUGGUGUGUGACACUUUGAGCCCCCCUCAGGGAGAGCUGACUGCAGUCUCCCCGCAGCCUCCAGAUUUCCCAAACCGGAGGGGCAAACAGGGGUUUAGAGGAACCCCCGGGCUUCCUGGUCCUCCAGGCCCUAAAGGGCCGCCCGGCGAGCCCGGUAAGCCCGGUCCGCCUGGUCCACCGGGUCCUGGUCCAGGUGGAUAUGGCUCCUCAGUCUACACUCCUAAAAUAGCCUUCUACGCCGGUCUCCGGAAGCAACACGAGGGGAGCGAAAUACUGAAGUUUGACGAUGUGGUGACCAACGUGGGAAACUACUACGAGCCGAGCACAGGCAAAUUCACGUGUCCUCUGCCUGGCAUCUACUACUUCACCUACCACGUUCUGAUGAGAGGGGGAGAUGGGACGAGCAUGUGGGCUGACCUGAAGAAGAACGGACAGGUGAGAGCCAGCGCAAUCGCCCAAGACGCAGAUCAGAACUACGACUACGCCUCCAACAGCGUCAUCCUGCACCUGGACGUCGGCGACGAAGUGUGCGUUCAGCUGGACGGGGGAAAAGUUCACGGGGGAAACACCAACAAAUACAGCACCUUUUCUGGCUUCCUCAUCUACCCCGACUGACAGUAUAACCCUACUCUCCUUCCCCCUUUCUCUGUGAUCCAACAAAAAAGUUUCCUCCUGUUUCUUCCUCUAACACGUCCUGCCAUCCAUUUGUCAUCUCUUCGCGUAAUACACAUAGUGACAACAACAGAGUUAAAGAAAGUUUGUGUAAAAAAAAAAAGAAUAUAAUGUACAUAUUACCAGAUAAGAUUGACUCAUGAUGCGCAUACUUUUGUGAUCUUGAAUAAAGGGCCAUGUACAGUAUGCAUAAGCAUGGCUAAAAUACAUAAUCACACCUUAUUCCCCGCAUAUAUGGCUGUUUACACAUUAUUGAACUUGGGUUUUUGCUCAAAGACAAACCGACUGAAAUGAUAUCUGAAUGUAGACUGUCAAUCCGGGGCGGAGGUAUUCGGCUGCAUCCUCUUUCCCUCACUGUGAGAUAGAUUUCCAUUACGGCUGUAGACACCAAACAAGAAAAAGGCAUGAAUAUAUUGAUCGCAGCUGAUAAUUUAGAGCACCUCCCGAUUAUACCGCUGUGUGUUGUAUGUCUGUGUUAAUGCCUGCGUGGACGCGUCCGUGUGUGUUUUUUGCCCUUUAGGUCUGUGGAAGUGUAAAAGCAUCCUUUAUUUAUUUUAUUUUUAUUUUUUUGGUUGGCGCAAUUUGCACAGAGAGGGGAGGGAGGGAAGCUGCUGGUAACAGUCCUUUAACACACACAGUUUAUCAAUACUGAGGUUUAGCUUCGAGAUUGAUUUCUGAGCCCCAGAGCAGCGUCAUAUUGUGGUAACAAGGUGAGAUUUCAUCUAAAGCUUAUGCUCAGUUACACAUUAACCUUACAUCCACAGUGUGCAGCAAUGAUCAAAAGCACCGAGGUUUAGGAAAUGUGCUCAUUUACCAUCUGAAUGAGAUGAAAACAGGUUGAUAAUUCUUAUGGCUUUUAUUGAAAAGGUGUUGAUUUUUUAAUCAAAUUAUACUUCUUCUAAAUGUACAUGGAGUUAUAUUCAUUUCACAUAUCGACACUAAGGUUUAAAUUUC